AUGUCCGAAGUUCAGAAGACUGUUGAGGAGACCCCCGCGGUUGUCCCUGCCGUCGAGACUGCCGUUGAGACUCCUGCUGAGGCCGUUGAGGCUCCCAAGGAGACCUCUGAGGAGCCCACUGCUACUCCCGCCGUGGAGAGCACCGAGGCUGCUGAGCCUGCCAAGGAGGAGGUGAAGCCCGCUACUGACGGUGUCCUGGGCUACAAGGCCCCUGGUCUGGUCAAGGGCUUCCGCUUUGCCAAGCGCUUCUUCUACUUCAACGAGGAGGCAGUGGAGAGCAAGAACCUUUCCAUCUUCAACCAGAACGAGAAGGCCGCUGUCGCCAACCCCACCGCCGCCUGGGCCACCCAGACCGGCAAGGGUCUGCUUUUCUUCACCAAGCGCGCUGAGGACAAGGCCACCCCCGCUGGCAUUUUGAACCUCGCCGAUGUCUCUGACGUCACCAAGGAGGGUACCAGCGAGUUCCUCUUCAAGAUUGCUGGUCACAAGCACACCUUCCAGGCCUCCAGCGCCGCUGAGCGUGACAGCUGGGUUGUUGCCAUCGAGGCUCAGGCCACUGAGGCCAAGGCCGAGAAGGAGACCAUCACCUCCAGCGAGGGUUACAAGGCUGAGCUCGAGAAGCUGACCAAGCCUGCCGUCGUUGUUGCCGCCAAGAAGCCCGAGGAGAAGAAGGUCGAGGACAAGAAGGAGGAGGCCCCCGUUGUGGCUGCCGAGGCCGCCCAGGAGGAGCCCAAGGAGGAGAAGAAGGAGGAGAAGACCGCCUCCAAGAGCCGUUCCCAGUCCCGCAAGCGCACUAGCAUCUUCGGUUCCCUCCUAGGCAAGAAGGACGCCGAGGAGAAGAAGGCCGAGGAGAAGAAGGCCGAGGAGAAGAAGGAAGAGACUCCCGCUGCUGAGGAGACCAAGGCUGUUGAGGCUACUGCCGAGCCCUCCGUCGAGGCUGCUGCCCCCGCCGUUGCCGAGACCACCGAGACUGCUGCUCCCGCUGAGGAGGCCAAGGCUGUUGAGGCUACUGCCGAGACCCCUGCUGAGACUACCGAAGCCGCCAAGGAGGAGGCCAAGGAUGAGAAGAAGGCCGAGAAGAAGGCCAAGCGUACUUCCAUCUUCGGUAACUUCUUCCAGAAGGUUGCCAGCCCCUCCCAGGAGAAGUCCGAGAAGGAGGCCACUGCUCCCGCUGUUGAGGAGACUCCUGUCGCCAGCACCGCUCCCCAGCUUGAGAACCCCGUUGAGGAGGCCGCUGUCAAGCCCAUCGAACCCGAGGCUGUGACUGCCGCCGCCGAGGCUGUCGAGACCCCCGCUGCUGAGACUCCCGCCGAGGCCGUCUCCACCCCCAAGGAGAAGCGCCGCACUUCGUUCUUCGGCAACCUUGGCAUGAAGAAGGAGAAGAAGGCUGACUCUGACAACGAGGUCACUGAUGGUGAGACCAAGGCCAAGUCCAACAAGCUCGGCGGUCUUUUCCGCAAGCCCAGCAAGGCUGUCAAGCUCGACAAGGAGGAGGUUGCCGCCGCUGAGACCGAGGCCAAGGCUGAUGCCGCCGAGGAGGCCCCUGCCGUCCCCGCCAAGGAGACUGCUACUGAGGAGACCCCUGCUGUCGUUGAGGAGACCCCCAAGGCCGUCGAGACUGCCCAGGACCCCAAGAACGUUAACGUUGCUGUUGCCACCCCCGUUCAGGCUACCGCAUGA